AGCCGCCCUUGACCUCCAGGAAGAGGAAGCGCGGGCCGCAGCCUCCGGGCCUAGCGAUGUGGGCACCGCGGUGGCGGCGGGCGGCAGGGCUGGUGCUGCUGGUGCUGUGGGUGCUGCCGGCGCUGUGGGCAGGCGCGGGCGCGCGGUGGAGCGGCGAGGGCAGCAGCGCGCAGCUGCAGAGCAUCUUCCUGGGGCGCUGCGCGGACUACACUAGGCUGCUGGGCCCCGAGCAGCGGAGCAAGAACUGCACGGCUAUCUGGGAAGCCUUUAAAGUGGUUCUGGAGAAGGAGCCCUGUUCUGUGCUCCCCUCAGACUAUGAUCUCUUCCUAAACCUCUCCUGGCACCCUCUUCCCAGAGACAAGUCCCUGUUCUGGGAGAAUAACCAUCUCCUGGUCACCAGCUUUGCAGACCAGACCCGCCGCUUCACGCCCCUGUGUGAUGUGCUGUAUGGUAGGGUGGGUGACUUCCUGAGUUGGUGCCGCCAGAGAAACGCCUCAGGACUUGAUUAUGAAUCCUGCCCAACAAUGGAGGACUGUGAGAACAACCCGGUGGAUUCCUACUGGAAGCGGGCAUCCAUGCAGUAUGCUCAGGACAGCUCCGGAGUGAUCUAUGUUAUGCUGAACGGAUCGGAGCCCAGGGGAGCCUAUCCUGUCAAAGGAUUUUUUGCAGAUUUUGAAAUCCCCUACCUCCAGCAGGAUAAAGUCACACGGAUUGAGGUCUGGGUCAUGCAUGAGAUUGGACGCCCCCGAGUGGAGUCGUGCGGAGAAGGCAGCAUGAAAAUCCUGGAAGAGAGACUGAGGAGUAUGGGCUUCAAGUACAGCUGUAUCGACAACUACACACCAGUGAAACUCUUGAUGUGCGUGGACCACAGCUCUCACCCUGACUGUGCCUUAAAAUCGGCAGCAGCAUCUUCUCAAAGAGGAGUGCCCUCCCCCUACGCAGAACCAGGUGCCGGGCUCAUCGCUCCUCUCUUCGUGGCGGCUCUGGCUUCAGCCGCUCAGUUCUGACAGGAAACUCAGCUGUGCUACCUGGUCCCGCCCUAAAACCUACCCUCCUUCAAUGACCCCUGCUUCUUCUGUUGGACCAGGAGAAUCCGAUGUCUAAAGAAGCUUCCUGCUAUGAACAAAAAUUCCUGAAAUGAAUUGUCAUGGUUUACAUGCUGAAGGGUGGCUUGGAAAUAAAUGCAUCUUGGCUCUUUCUUGCCCUUGA